GGAAAGCGGCUAGAGCUGGACGCAGAAUCUGUCACGAGGGGCACGAAAUGCUCUGGGGCCUCAUGCGACCAACGUUUCCGGUUAGGCUGAGAAUGGAUGACUCCUACUGCGAAAAGGAUUACACCAUUGAGUAUGCAAAUUUCAAUGGAAGUCCAUCUGAAGAUGUUGAGUACUUCCUCCGAGAUUUCGAAGCCAUCGCGCAGUACAACGAACAGGUCUCGGAUGAAGACAAACUGCGAACUCUUCCCAAUUUGCUCAAAGAACGAGCUCUCAGUUGGUACACGUCUUUGAAUGCAGACGAACGAGGAGAUUGGGAAAGCCUCCGCGCUGCGCUUGUGAAGAAAUUUCGUCGAAAUCCUCACAGAUUGCUGACCAAACUCAGCAGGAUAAAGAAGAAGCCUGAUGAAUCCAUUAGAAAAUACUCGAUCAAACUGACAAGGCUGAUCAAUCAAUUGCAGAGUGUCGAUGAACCCUAUCCUGAAAGAUUGAAGGUAUGGUGGUACUUGAAGGGACUGCCAACAUCCAUUUGCAAGUAUUGCCUGCAAGCAGGUAAUAACUCCACCCUGGAAGCUGCUAUAUCGAUUGCCAAGACCUACGAAGCGACGGCUAAGACUCCUCGUCAAGAACUUCACGGAAGAGGUACUGAAAGGUCAGACGAUGCGGAUGCUGACGCUGAUGCGAGUUCUGAAAUUUCUGAUCUUGAGAGUUGUACAUCCAUGGGGACAUUCAUUUCCAGUAUUGCCGAAUCAGUUGAUUUGAGGAGCAGAAACUUAGCUCCGAGAAAAAUUCAUUCCUCACCCAGCCGCCGCAAAGCGCUUGUCUCAUCCCGGGAGAGCAAGACCAGUAUACGCACCGAACGUCCUUCAAAGACGGUUGUUAAAAGAGAAGCUGCGAAGCUAUGCUGCAAGAGUAACGAUCGACAAGAAGAUGUGAGACUUGGAACAAGACUGGAUCGCCGAUCUGCAAGUAUUCAGGAUGACAUUGAAAGGCUUACCAGGGGACUGCACGGGCAAAUCUACCUUCGAAGAUAAAAUAGGACGAGGUGGAUCGAUGAAACCAGGAUUUCUAUCAACCAGAGUACGGAGGGAUCAAUAACUGCGGUACGAAGAGUACGAGGUUCCGGUAAAAUCUUGUAGUUGGCCCUUUCGCCGGAGUAUCGGUCUCCUCUAAAACUUGCUUUGCUGAACAGAGGUCUUAAGAGAACACCUUCAAUGCUCAAGACGAUCGUGUGUAAUGCAACAUGAGUAGAUCUACGUUUUGUAUAAGAGUAAACGCCCUUCCAGUGUACCACAAGCAUUAGUACUGUUGUUCCCAGAACCAUCAAAGGAGCGAACCAAUUCAUGAAGGCCAUACCAACUGAUUUUCAGAUUUCUUCUCAAAGAAAAAUUGAAUUCAUCAUGAUUUCGUCACCGAAAAGGUACGAAACGAACAUUUUGGAUGAGUCUGGGACUCGUAAGAUCUGCUCCAGACUAAUAGUGUACACUGACAUGAUCCCAAGCUGUAUACAAACGCAAAGCUCUUUUUAUUGAAUUCGUAGCUGAUGUGUCCCUUCGAGCCUAGAUGUCUCAAAAUUGUUAGAUUGGAUGAGAAAAAUUUUCAUCAGUCUUCAGCCACGUAUCGAUCUUUCCGAACUUUGAAUAAUAACCUCUGUCAAGCA